AUGUUCCACCCACAACACACUAGUGCUGGUACUAGUCCUGGUACUGGUACUAGUCCUGGUACUAGUCCUGGCACUAGUCCUGGUACUUGUGCUGGUACUAGUCUUGGUGCUAGUCUUUCUACUGGCACUAAUCUUGGUACUAGUCCUACACCAAUUGUGUGCUGCACGUUUUGUUUCAUAGAUGCGGUGACCGCCGUUUCGUUUGCGAAUAACGGCUCGGCCGUCUUGUCGUUUGCGCCGGAGCAGUCCUACAUCGUGGUGUGGAACCAAGUCGCAGCGCAACCGAACGUGCUCACCACCCUGCAGGGCGCCAUGGGUAUGAAGACGAGUCGUUUUGCGCCACGUCGUUGCUUGCUGACGCCGCGACCGAACGGACUCAUGCUCGGAGGCUGCCUUCAAGGCGGCUGGUCACGGUUCAAAUUGCUGGCCAUCGACACUACGAGUGACUGGCUGCUGCUUGAGUAG